AUGCAGAGACCUCAGUUAAAGAGCAGUGGAGAGCCAUAUACAGUGUGUAGGGUGUUUGUGGAAAGAAGGACAGAAUAUGUUCUUGAAUGCUCUCCUGGUGGACAUCAGAUCCUGCAGAGCCCUUACCGAAGCGUUGAUUUUGAUUCAUCCCACCUCCAGCAAUCAGCUAUUCAGGAUUUAAUAUGUGACCAUUCCCUAACACCAGGAUGGUAUCGCUUUAUGAUUUUUGACAAGCCUGCUGAGAUGCCGACUAAGUGUGUGGAGAUGAAUCACUGUGGUACUCAAGCCCCUGUCUGGUUGUCUCUGAGGGAGUCAGAAUCCAUGCCUCGACCCAGUGAAAUCAAACAGCUAACAGCUUGUGCUACAUGGCAGUUUUUCUUCAGCACUUCAAAAGACUGCUGUCUUUUCCGAAUCCCUGUCAGUGUGAGGAACUGCGGAGAUUUCUUUGUUUACUUACUUCAGCCCACCCAAGGAUGCAUGGGGUAUUGUGCAGAAGUAUUGCUCAAUCUGUUGCAAAACGAGCAGUUUGGAGGUAACCUGGCUGCCUCAUCAUCUCCGUCUGUGUCACCACCACUGCCAGCCAUUCCUGAAGUUGUAGCAGAGUUGAUCAAAGGCAGCAUUUACCUAAGGUGUACCUUUGGCAUUCCUUUUGCAAACAGCUCUCUUGGAUUCAUUGUAACUUGGUCAAGACUUUCUCCUGAAGGUAUCAGAGAAGAACUGAAACAUGAAAGAGCAGCUCAUACCUUCUCACUUCUAGAACUGGAUGGGAUAAACGUCAGACUUGGAGACAGAGUCUACUGUAGCAGUUCUGCUUUUUUCAUGGAGAAGCCAGAUAUACAAAGUUCUUCUGUUGAGAGCAAGGAAUUUUUUGCUGGCAUUAAGAUACAUCCAGAAACAUAUGAUAUAUCAGAAGAUGGGAAGGAAUACAGACUGGCAAUAGAAAGUAGCAUUCCUAUUCCUUGUCCUGAGUUUAGCAAGCUUGAAAGUGACUGCAAAAUCUCACUAACAUUAAAUAGUGUUGAUGAAGGUAAAGAGCAGUUAGGUUUAAACUUGGCUCUUUCUUCUUGUCAUGUGGAUCUUCUCCAGAAACCCUGCAAUAACGGAAUCUGUAGUCAAGCUGUAAUUUAUUUCACUGCUGUGACAGACUUUAUGCAGGAUGGAGACAGAAUUACCAGAAUUGCAGUCAAACCUAUAUCCAGUGAGAAUUUCCUGUGGAAUGGCUAUGUUCCAGAAAGCACACAGAUUACAGUAAAGGAUCUACCCACUGCCUACUGCUACUCAUUUACUGACCCUCAUAUAAUUACGUUUGAUGGAAGACUCUAUGACAAUUUUAAAACAGGAACAUUUGUUCUCUAUAAGAGUACGUCUCGAGAUUUUGAAGUUCAUGUUCGCCAGUGGGACUGUGGAAGUCUUCACUACCCAGCAUCCUGUAACUGUGGCUUUGUUGCCAAAGAAGGAAGUGAUAUAAUUGCAUUUGACAUGUGCAGUGGUCAGCUACGUGAGUCACAGCCACACUUAACUGUAAUAAAUAGAGACACAACAGGAAGCAAUGUCAGAAUCACUGAAUCCUACCUAGGAAGAAAAGUAACAGUUUUGUUUUCUUCCGGAGCUUUCGUUCGUGCUGAUGUGAGUGAAUGGGGAAUGAGCAUAACACUUAGGGCACCCAGUUCAGAUUACAGACAUACAAUGGGACUCUGUGGCACCUUUGACGGAAGUGCAGAGAAUGACUAUCACACUGCAAGUGGGAUGGAAAUCCCAAACCAUGCUAAUGUUCCUUUUUCUUUUAUUAAGGAAUGGAGAAUUUCACCAGGAGAUAGCUUGUUUGACAAGAUACCUGCUUCUUUAGCAUCUUCUAGAAAAAUAGUCUUCUGUGACUGCACACUUGAAGAUGAUGAAUUAUAUCGAUCAGUGAAUAAACUAGAGACAGUUUCUCACUCAGAACUUCCUCUGUCUUGUAAAGAAAGUGAAAAUGGUAGAUUUCUUUCUUUGAUACCAGGACUGGAUGUCACUGCUGAGUAUCUCGGUCCUGUUGAUCUUGUUAGAGGCUUAAAGAAGCGUUCAUCUGCACAUGAGAUGGGUUCAUCUACAUUUCUACAGAGGGAGGAUAAUCAAACCAAACUUCACAAAGCAUCACUAGUGAAGACACGUGUCUCUGCAACCUUAGUGGGAAAUACUGAUGUAGAAAGAGAAGGAACCUCAAGCUCAGGCAUUGUAAGAAAUUCUCACCAUUACAGUAGUCAUCUUCAUAAAAGUCAAUCUGUUACAAGUAGGGGGAAGCGCCAAAAUUAUUAUGAAUACCAUCCAGUAUUUCUAUUCCAAAGUCUUAGCCAAACAGACUUAGAGGGAUAUAGUUAUUUUUUCCCAGAGGACCACGCCACUGACACAGAUCAAAAGUUUCUUCCUUCUUGGCCCACACCUUCUGGCCUCACCGAGUCUAGUGCUUUGUUACUAUGCCAGCAGGCAAUAGCUAAUUCCAGUAUAGGAAGAUCUUGUGGUGGUCUUCUUGGCCAGCGAAUAGAGGAUGCGAUCAAUAUGUGUGUUAAAGAUUUGCUGCUGAAAGAUGACCUCAGUUGGGCAGAAGCUUCCUUAGCUCUUCUAGAGAAUGAAUGUGAGAAAAGAGUUUUAGAAGAAAUAAAUCACAGCCAACAGGAACUUGAAGGGUCGGUUGAGAGUCUACUUACUGCAUUAAAGUGUCCCAGUCUCUGCAGUGGUAAUGGGGAAUGUACAGAAUGGGGCUGUGCAUGUUUUCAAGGCUACAGCUCAUAUGACUGCAGCAUAUUGUCUGACCAGGCUCCAGAAAUUACAGAGCUGGAGAAUGCUGGGCUGUGCGAUAUUCGACAGUAUGACUGCACAUCAGUGAAAGCUUUUGGACAUGGCUUCAGGGAGUCAUUGAAUCUGAAAUGUGAAAUUAUCAAAUUACAGUACAGUGAUAGACAAUGGAUUCCUGGGGAACGUCUAACUAUGCCAGCUGCCUUCCAAAAUGCCAGGACUGUUGAUUGCCCAUUACCAAAUGAUGGCCAGCAGUCUGAUGUCAUGGAUCUGGUUGAUGAUAAACCCAUUGCCAGGUGGCAGAUAAAGAUUUCUAAUGAUGGAUUAAUUUAUAGCAACUCUAAAACAAUGGUAUUAUAUGAUGGAGCAUGUCAGACAUGUGAACCACAAGAAUCCGGGUUAUGUACGUUAAAGGAGAAAACAUGCAACAUAGAUGGACUCUGUUACGGUGAAGGAGACACAAAUCCAACCAGCCCUUGCUUACUCUGCAGACCUGACAUAUCAAAAUUAACUUGGUCAGUUGUUGAAAACAACCAGCCUCCAAUGCUUGAAACUUUUCAGGGUAUGCUACAGACUUUUUAUGGAGAAGAUUUUGUAUAUCAGUUUUUGGCUUCAGAUCCAGAGGGCUCUGCUAUUCAUUUCACAUUGGAUUCUGGUCCAGAAGGUGCCAGUCUUUCCCCAUCAGGUCUCCUUCUGUGGAAAGCUUUGUCAAUGAAUCUCCAUAAAUUAACAUUUUCUUUGACAGAUGACUGCAAUGCAAAGACUAAGGUAGAAAUAGAGGUCAGUGUAAAAUCGUGUGAUUGCCUAAAUAAUGGCUCAUGUGUGACAAACAUUAAUUUCCCACCUGGAAGUGGAAGAUAUCUUUGUGUGUGUGUGGCUGGAUUUGAAGGUGAUCUCUGUCAAGUGAAUACUGAUGACUGUAAACUUAACCAGUGUGGUAUUGGCAGAUGUGUGGAUGGAAUAAACAGCUAUUACUGUGAAUGUCCACCUGAACUUCAAGGUGAAAAUUGUCGAGAUGAUGUAGAUGAAUGUGUAUCCAGUCCUUGCUUCCCUGGAGUAUUUUGCUUCAAUACUUUUGGUUCUUACUAUUGUGGUCCAUGCCCAAAUAAUCUGCAAGGAGAUGGGAAGUCAUGUUACGUUGAAGCAAAAGUAACUACUAAUGUGCCUUCACAUCUUUUGUUUUUAGAAAGCUUUGAAGACACUAAUGUUGAAAGAAAGGAUUUCACAGGAGAAAUUGGAGGGAAAAAAGGUUUUCAACAAUCAUUCUUUGAGAAGGAUUUAAGCAUCUCAAGCUAUAUUCCCAGUUCUACAGAUGUCCCCGAGAGAUUUAUUUCUACAGAAAUGGUCAGUAGCAGCACUCCACUAGCCUCCACAGUAAAAAAAAUCACCGCUUGGAAAUCACUUAAUUCUCAGAGAAGUGCUUCUGUACAACCUGCUGUUACUGGAAACAUUGCUCAUGCUCUCAGCACCAUCAGUGGUCACCUUGCUAACAUGGAAGAGAGUUCUUCAGUACAUGCUGUGAUGACUGCAUCUUCAAGGAGCCAUGCUGUAUCACCUGAGAAGAAAACAAGAGCACAAGUUGAGGCCUACAGCUAUUUUGAGGCCGACAGGAAGACUUCUCCUAGCAGCAGAACAAAUAAAAGCAAAGGGCUUUCUUUGCCAAGCAAAGUAUUCAAAGUUGGAAAUGCUCACAGAGUUCAGCACCUAUCAGCCAAGCAUAAAGCAAAUCUUUUACCUUUUGUCCUUGUUGAAGUCACCAUCCCACCAACAAUGCUUCCUGAAGUGAGUGAAAUUGUGAUUCCUAAAGCAGUAACCUGUACCGAUUUACCCUGUUUUCCUGGCGUACCUUGUGAGCCAAGUCAGGAUGGAAGCGUCAAGUGUGGUCGUUGUCCUUAUGGUUAUUAUGGAGAUGGCUUCACUUGCAGAGCAAGAUGUAGACAAACAUGUGGCAAAAAUAUGGAGUGUGUGGCACCCAAUAUUUGCAAAUGCAAGCCUGGUUAUGCUGGUUAUAACUGUCAGGCUGCUGUAUGCAGACCUGAUUGCAAAAAUCAUGGGAAGUGCAUUAAGCCCAAUGUCUGUGAAUGUCUGCCAGGAUACAGUGGCUCCACUUGUGAGGAAGCACAUUGUAAACCACCCUGUCAAAAUGGAGGCACGUGCUUGGCCAGAAAUCUCUGCACCUGCCCAUAUGGGUUUGUGGGACCAAGAUGUGACACAAUGGUUUGCAACAGACACUGCGAAAAUGGUGGUGAGUGUCUUACUCCAGACAUCUGCCAGUGUAAACCUGGGUGGUAUGGACCUACAUGCAGUACAGCGAGGUGUGACCCUGUGUGUCUCAAUGGUGGUUCCUGUACUAAGCCAGACGUUUGCCUCUGUCCACAUGGUUUCUUUGGUGCCCAGUGUCAGAAUGCUGUCUGCAGCCCGCCGUGUAAGAAUGGUGGUCAUUGCAUGAGAAAUAAUGUCUGUACUUGUCCUGAUGGGUACACAGGCAGAAGAUGUGAAAAAAGUGUCUGUGAGCCAAGGUGCAUGAAUGGAGGAAGGUGCAUAGGGCCAAACAUUUGCUCUUGUCCUUCAGGAUGGAGAGGACAAAGAUGUAACACUCCCAUCUGUCUUCAGGAAUGUAAGAAUGGUGGGGAGUGUAUUGGACCGAGUACUUGUCAUUGUCCUCCGCAGUGGGAAGGAAUCCAGUGUCAAACACCUGUGUGCAACCAGAAGUGUCUGUUUGGAGGCAAGUGUGUAUUGCCUAACGUAUGCUCUUGUCGUCCUGGUUAUACUGGAGUCCUCUGUGGGAAGAAAAUUCAGGUAAUUGGAGAGUCAAGACACAAUCACAGAUACAGCGAUUUGGGAGUCAUUAUCUAG